CUACGCUAUUAACGGAUUUACCCUCUCCCGAAUUCGCUAACCUCAUUUAACUUGGAGAGCUCCACUUCUGUGCUGCCACUAUGACAUCUAUUCGCCAGUCACGGUCAAUGGGUGGUGGCGGCUCCAAUAUGUCCGUCAGGAAAUCAGUGCAAACCUUUCAGAGAGUAGGAAGUGCAGGUGGAGGUGGUGGAUUUGCUGGUGGGUAUGGAGGGGGAAUGGCUGGUGGAGCUGGAGGUAUGGUGAUGAAUGGUGUAGGAUAUGGUGAUUUUGAAGGUGGCUAUGGAGUUGAAUGUAAUGAAGGUUUUGGAGCUGGAGGUUUUGGUGGAGGAUUUGGUGGAGGAGCUGGUGGGGUAUAUGGUGGAGGAGCUGGUGGGGGAUUCGGUGGAGGAGCUGGUGGUGGAUUCGGUGGAGGAGCUGGUGGUGGAUUCGGUGGAGGAGCUGGUGGUGGAUUCGGUGGAGGAGCUGGCGGGGGAUUCGGAGGAGGAUUUGGUGGAGGAUUUGGUGGCAGAGGACCUGGUGGCUUCGAAGGCCUCCUGGCAACCAAUGAAAAGCAUACCAUGCAAAACCUUAACGACCGCUUAGCCAAUUACCUGGAUAAGGUUAAGGCUUUGGAAACCGAUAAUAACGAUCUUGAAAAGAAAAUACGAGAGUGGUAUGAAAAACUUCGCCCUGAAUCCGGCGGUGUGGGAACCGUAGACUACAGUAAAUACUUACCAAUAAUUGAAGAUCUCAGGAAAAAGAUUAUGGAAAGCACUUUGGAAAAUGCCAAGAUUCUCUUACAGACUGACAAUGCCCGGCUGGCAGCUGAUGACUUCAGGCUGAAGUAUGAGAAUGAGCUGGCCCUUCGCCAGAGCGUGGAAGCCGAUAUUAAUGGCCUACGUAGAGUGCUGGAUGAGCUGACCCUGUGCAAGGCUGAUCUGGAAUUGCAGAUUGAAAGCUUGACUGAGGAACUGGCGUAUCUGAAGAAAAAUCAUAAGGAGGAACUGGAUGCUCUACGAGGUGGACCUGCUGGCCAGCUCACUGUUGAGAUGAAUGCGGCUCCAGCAGUUGACCUGACCAAGUUACUCAAUGACAUGAGGGAGCAAUAUGAAACCCUGGCUGAAAAGAACAGAAGAGAAACGGAGGCCCGGUUUAAUGAGCAGAGCAAAGAUAUAAAGAAAGAAAUCUUAGCUGGAGUGCAGCAAGUACAGUCCAACACUACAGAGAUCUCAGAUCUGAAACGGUCCCUUCAGGGAUUGGAGAUAGAGCUUCAGUCACAGCUGGCGAUGAAACAAUCAUUGGAGAAAACCCUGGCAGAAACGGAAGGACGCUUCUGUUCUCAGCUUGGGCAGCUACAGAACUUAAUCACAAGUGUGGAGGAGCAGCUGUUCCAACUGAGAAAUGACAUGGAGCUUCAGAGCAACGAGUACAAACAGCUGCUGGACAUCAAGACCCGGUUAGAGCAGGAGAUAGAGACAUAUCGCAAGUUGCUGGAAGGAGAGGGAGGAAAACUGCUAGCUGGGAUGUCAGAUGGAAAAACUCCUUCAGAUUCUUCCAAAGAUUCAUCCAGGACAAGAAGAGUUAAAAUGGUCAUUGAAGAGGAGGUGAACGGAAAAGUGAUUUCUUCGAGCGUCCGCGAAAUCGAGGAGAAACACUAGGACCGGCUGGCCAACGAGCUCCUCAUUCUGCAGAGUUCUUACCUUUCUGACUCUCGGGCUAAUGCUUAUUCCCAAUGGCAGAACUGCUUUCCUUUCCAACAUUCUGCUACAAACACUAUAACUAUAUGCUUAAUAAAGGUUUGGCAUACUCGCUA